AUGACGCGCAAUGGUGUGGCCACGCUCCUAGGCAGCGAACAGCGCAACGACGUCCCCGAACUUUGUGGGCGGAUUGCGCUCCUUCGCCCACUCCGCCUGGAAUGGCUUCUUCGUCCCGGAGAUGAAUCUCUGGACCCUCAUGGGAGCUGGCAAGUCCAAUCCCAGAUCAUCGCGGAUCUGGGAUGGGACCUGCCAACUCCAAUGAGGAUCCAGAUAAUCGCUAACGCUACGCAGGGCCAACUCUCAGUGCAAGAGUACCAGGAGAGCUUCGUUAUCAUAGACGUGAUAAGCAUUCCAUUGCGCCUCUUGCUUUUCGAGGCAUACAUAUCAGAAAAUGCCUCGAGAUCCGUUAAUCGGGCUGGUGGGAAAGGUCCGUCGCCCCUCCUCCAUCGUUCCAUCACCCCACUGACCGCAGAUGUGAGGGGCAUACAGCCGUCUAGUGGAAAGUCCACCACAUUGAACAGUCUGACGGAUGCGACCUCCAAAGUUGGAAACUUCCCCUUCACAACCAUUGAUCCCCAGCGAGCUAUCGGAUAUCUCCAAAUCGAGUGCCCAUGCCAACGACACAAUGUCUCAGAUCGGUGCCAGCCGAAUUACGGAGGGUGCCACGAAGGACGGCGCUCUGUGCCUAUUGAAUUGCUAGAUGUCGCGGGUCUUGUACCAGGCGCACAUCAGGGCCGCGGCCUGGGUAAUAAGUUCUUGGAUGACCUGCGUCAUGCAGAUGCUCUGAUUCACGUCGUAGAUGUGAGCGGGACCACGGAUGCUGAAGGAAAGGCUACCCGGGGGUAUGAUCCAUCAGUUGAUAUUGAGUGGUUGCGGUCAGAAAUCGUGCGAUGGGUGCUAGGAAACUUGAUGGAGAGAUGGGGGUCUAUCAAAAGACGACACCAGGCACUGAAGGCCAACCCCAUCGACACAUUGCAGAAACAAUUUGCCGGUUAUGGAAGUACACAGACUACUGUUGCGCGAUUUAUGGAUAAGCUUGCCCUCAAAGAGCCGUUGGAGGACUGGUCAGAUGAGACGGUAGAGCUCGUUGUCAAUGCUUUCAUCGACGAGAAAUUCCCGACGGUAUUCGCCCUCAAUAAGAUCGACCACCCAGAUGCAGACAAGAACAUUAGCAAAAUUGCGAAGAUGCAAGACCCCAGAAGCAUUGUGCUUUGCUCUGCUAUAUCUGAGGUUUUCCUCCGAAGGUUGGCCAAGCAGCGCUAUAUCAAUUACGUUGAAGGCAGCGAGUUCGUUGAUACGCGAGAAGAUUUGAUUGAAAUGGGUGACCCGGAUGGAGGAGGCCUCAAAGAGAUGGAUGAAAAAUUGAAAACUCGCGUUGAAAACCUGAAGGACAUGGUGCUAUAUCGAUUCGGAUCUACAGGUGUGGUACAAUGUCUUUCCAGAGCUGCAGAGCUUCUGGGCCUUGUACCGAUUUUCCCUGUCCGUAACGUGGCGACUUUCAACUCUGGCGCUGGAACUGCCGUAUUCCGUGACUGUGUCUUGGUUAAGAAAAACAGCACAGUCGGUGACGUUGCCCGCAAGGUGAUGGGUGACGUGCCUAUCAGCUAUAUCGAAGGAGUGGGCGGAACACGAGUAUCCGAGGAUGAUAUCGUGGCAGUUGGGAAACAUGAUAUCCUAUCAUUCAAAGUAGGUCGGUAG